AGGGGAGUGGGUAACCAUUCGAAGUCAGGGUGCCCCUAUGAACGAUCAACAACUUGCUUAUCACAAUGCCGUCGGCAAGUUCUUCCCCCUCUGGUUCUCAGAGCACGCCUAUCCCUGGACAGUCCCGCUACCAGCUUGCUAUUGACUGUCGAGGAAACACGUGGAGCGAUGCAUGUAACCGGAAGCCAAGAAGCGCUACCCAAAGGAACGUAACAUGUGUUUCAGGUGCUGGCCAAAGGCGGAUAAAGUCUGGCAGCAGUAUAGGUAGUGAUGUGAUUCGACUGCAGAAUAGACACAUCGGAGGAAGGGAGGACAUGGCGCCUACUAAGAUGCGCGGAUUGGGUGACAGAAUAUCUAAGGUUCUUGUGAAUGCAUCCAAUACGAAGUCGACAUCUGAACGCAUUAUGCCACAUGGCAUAAAUCAAAGAUCCGUGGAGAAAAGAACAUCUGAAAUACGCAAACGAAGGAAGGACGUUAACAAGAUGUCAAAACUUGAAAAAAGGGGACAGGAUACAAGAAAAGUAACACCUGGAGGAACAGAAGGCAAAACUGAAUUUGAAGGACAAUCGUCACCCGAUUACAACGCAAGUGACAUGAAACCGUCCGAAAAUACUGAAUUUGGGACUGAAUCCCAAAGCCACAUACCAACAAGUGUACAGCAGGAUACAGUAGACCGACUGAUGUCACCAUCCCCAAAUUGUCCUGAUCACUCAGCAUCUCCCGUCUUGGACUCUGACGAAUAUGGGUCUCCAAUGAGCUUCAUCAAAGCCCAAGAUCUAAACGCAAGUUCAAUGCGAGCUGAGUCGUCCGCUUCAAGAUUUUCCACAAGGAGCUCCGUCACCAUCCCCAUCAACACCAGCACCCCCAUCUCCGCCUGGAGUGACUACACUGUACCGGGUGAGGAGGAGCUGAGGCAGAAACUGCUGAAGGGAAAGUUCGGGGCGGAGUUUGAGAACUAUUACCCACAUGUGUCCAGAAAGAAAUUGCUGGCAGUGCCUGUACCCUCCGACGAUGAAGACUACGACACAGAUCUAGAUGAAGGUUCUGACCUUGUGUCUGUUGAGAGAGCACGGCAGAGAAGGGAAGACAGCCCCUUUCCGGAUUACAAACAAAUGUGUCGGUCGCUGCAAGCAGUACCGAACAGUUAUUUCAUACGACAUGCGUUGGAGGACGACUUUGCAAUGAGAUUUCGUUACCCUGGUGUAAAGGACACAAAGGCAUUAUCAAAGGAAAUAAAGGGAGGGAAGGUGUUGAACAUAUGUCAGUAG